AUGCCAUUAAGGACCCGUAACACGCUCAAGGCAUUAGGGUUGAAACGAAGGAACCAAGUAGCAUAUGUCAAGUGUUGUACAACUUCUGCAGACUCUUUGGCACAGGUGAAGGAAUUGGUUAAAGUUGAAGUGACAGAUGUGAAGAAAACAAAGCAAGAGGUUAAUAGUGAAAGAAAAUGGCUGACUGGAUUUGAUUUGAUUAAGAAUGGUACUCAAAAGGUAGGAGUAGAAAAUCAAAAGACUAGGAUGUUAGAGGAGCAGGGUGUUAGAGGAGCAGGAUCUUGUGGUGAGAUGGUGCUGGAGCAAGAUGUUAGAGGAGUAGGAUCUUGUGGUGAGAUGGUGCUGGAGCAAGAUGUUAGAGGAGUAGGAUCUUGUGGUGAGAUGGUGCUGGAGCAAGAUGUUAGAGGAGUAGGAUCUUGUGGUGAGAUGGUGCUGGAGCAAGAUGUUAGAGGAGUAGGAUCUUGUGGUGAGAUGGUGCUGGAGCAAGAUGUUAGAGGAGUAGGAUCUUGUGGUGAGAUGGUGCUGGAGCAAGAUGUUAGAGGAGUAGGGUGUUGUUGUGAGAUGGUGCUGGAGCAAGAUCUUAUAGGAGCAGGAUGA